AUGGCAUCCCAGCAGUCGCCCAAGGCACCGGGCCUGCCCAAUCCAUACGCCCAGCGGGGCCUUCCCAAUCCUUAUGCCUCGGCCACCAUCUCUGCCGCGCCUGUCAAAUACACAGAGGAACAGGCCAAGGCUGAGCAGCAGAAGAAAGCACCUGCUUUCCAUAAUCCACACAACAUCAAGCGCCCCCAGGCCAAGAACCAGGCCAAGAAGCCCGGCCCAACCGUCAAGAAGCCCAUCAUGCCUACACUUCUUCCGGUAUCUGCCUCAGGCUCUGGACCCGCCACCCACACCCAACAGCAUGGUAUCGACUACUACCGCAGUACUGCAGACGACGAUGCCGCCAUCCUUGAAGAACGCCGGAUGCGCAACUAUGAGGAGAAGCAGAGGAAGAAGGAGCAGAAAAAGUUCAACAAGAUGUUUGGCCAGUGGAACCCACAGGCGCCUCACAAGCCCGAGCGAUACUCCAACCUGCGAGCCUACAGGGCUAGCGGUGGCUACCAGCGCAAGAAGGAGGGCUUCAAUGCAUUCUUGCGAGCUGCCGCCCAGCAAAGGCCCCGCGAUGAGAGCGAACCCUUGAAUGGCUCCCGCUCUGUUUCUUCGUCUAGCUCGAUUCCAGCUGCGCGCAGCACGAAGCCAUCGUUUGCCCCGCCAGCCUCCUAUGACGACAGCCCCCCUGUUCCGCCCUCUGACCAGUCUGGAGAAGAUGUCUAUGCUCGCCGCAUGCGCCUAUCGCAGCAACAGCCAAACAAUGCGCCAUCUCCAUCUGAACAUGAGCCUUUGCGCGCAUACCCGCCACCCCCUCCUUCCGCUGUAGACGACCACGCUCCUUCUCCCCCACCCCCGCCGCCAGCUGCUUCUAUGUCAACGUCUUCGGGUUACCAGGGCGCAACCAUCUCAGCUCCUCCGAUACGGUAUGCGAACGCGACAAUCUCAGCACCGCCAAUCCGUUACGAGCGUCCCGAUAUCCCAAUGGAAGAUGCAGACGACGAGCCAGCGCAGGAAGAACGGCCCUCGAAACGUCCAAAGCUCAGCAAGGCAGAAGCAAUGAUGGCCAAGAUGGGCUACAAAAAGGGCCAGGGUCUCGGAAAGAACAACGACGGAGUCGUCACACACCUGGAAGUCAAGAUGCGCAAGGUCCCACAAGGAGCAAGUACUCUGGACGACGAAGGCGGCAAAGUCAAAUCACAGCAAGUGUGGGAUGUCCGUGGUGGCACGCGCAAUCAAAAGGACGAGCCUGGCAAGUUUGGCGAAGAGUCGACUGUGGUGGUCACUUGGGGUUGCGUAGACGGAGUCGACUGGGACGCCAAUGCCGAUCGCAACGACGGCGGUAUCCGCCAGGACAUGGGUGAAGCAUUCAGCAACAAGUUUGGCCCAGUCGAGCAUGUACAGCUCGACGAGAGCAACAAAGACGGUGUCGUCUACAUCCACUUCCAAUCCGUGCUUAGCGCCCUCAACGCCGUCAACCGCUUCGACGAAGGCUGGGAGUUUAGAGGUAGGAAGAUUCGUGCAAAGUACUACGACGAACGCAAGUUUCACGCUGGCAUCUAUGAUUAUUAGGUCUCUUGUUCACUUCUUCUAUCUUUCCAAGUAGGUGACAAGUAUCGGGGCAUUUUAACGUUUUCAUUCUUAUCCCAACGAGUUCGUAGUCUCCUCCUCUUUUUUUUCUUAUCUCCUUCUUUUCUUUGGAGAUGGUCCUGGAAUGGCCUUUGGAAUUGAAUAGUAUAUAAACUUGGCCUGGAAAGCUCAUACACUUGCAGACUAAGUGUAACAUGGGAAAUGGGGAAAUGAGAAAUCUAGC